AUGUGGACCGGAAGUAAUGCCAUAACAGUCCUACACCGUUUCAUAGUUGCUAUGCUCCUUCCACAUGAAUGUUAUUAGCUAACGUUAAUUCAUCUGUCGGCUCGAGGCCCAGCAGACACAGGCCCACUGUGGACGUCCAUCAGUCUCAUCACUCAUUAGCCGUAACUCCAGGACUGUUCCAAACUUUGGAUGGAGUCAAUGUCCAAUUUGUCAGUGUUUAGUGUAGCCACAGCAGGGGACCACAGGGUUUGGGAUUCAGGCCAUCCUGCUCACCAGCGAGAGAAGAAUGGUCAAGUAUUUCUGUAAUAACACAGACAUCAGCAGCACGUGGGACCAUGUUGUCUCUGCUUUCUGGCAGAGGUACCCUAACCCAUUCAGCACCCAUGUUCUAACGGAGGACGUUGUGUACCGAGAGGUGACUGCGGACCGCCAGCUCCUCUCUAGACGCCUCCUGACGAAGACCAAUCGGCUGCCUCGCUGGGCGGAGCGGUUCUUUCCCUCUGGCAUGUCUCGCUGUGUGUACAUCCUCGAGGACUCCAUCGUGGACCCGGUCAACAGAAGCCUGACCAUCUACACCUGGAACCUCAACCACACCACUCUCAUGUCAGUCGAAGAACGUUGCGUCUUCCGAGACUCUGCGGAGCAGCCAGCCACCACGCUGCUGAAACGGGAGGCAUGGAUCUCCUCCGGCAUUUAUGGCUUCUCCAGACCCAUUCAGGAGUUUGGAUUGGCCCGCUUCAAGAGCAACCAGGUGAAGGCCAUGAAAGGGCUGGAAUACGCACUGUCCAACUUACAGGGAGAGUCGCCCCCACGGCUGCUCAGGGAAACGGUGAAGGACGCGUCCGGAAAGGCCAAAGAAGCGGCCAAGAACCUGGCUUCAGCUGCUGCUGCUGCUCCCCCACAGAAACCCCAGCAGUUCAUCUGACAGGAGCGUGUGUGUGUUUGCAUGUGUCUGUGUGCGUGUGAAGUAUUGUGCAGUUGACAUGAACUCAACACAAUGCCUUUGGAUCAUCUCUUAUCAGCUCAGCGUCACUGAGGUUUCGCUGGGAUCUCACGUUCCUCUGCACUGUUUUUCCCCCGACCUGUCUGAUUAACUCUGUUCUCUGCGCUUUGACUUUUGACUUCCACGUCUUUCGCUCUGCUCUCCGUUGUCCGUCGUCUCUGCUCCUCUCCCGGCUUUCGUUAAAUCUCAGGUCUCGUCAGGUACUGAGCCUUUUAUCUGACUCUUAUCGCCUUUUUGUUAACUCAUCAGAGCAGCUGCAUCAAUUUUAUUUAAUGCUGUAACUACGUCACUGUAAAUGCAAAGUUUGACCAACGUGUCAAUUUUGUCAAUUUGUAAUAUUUUUAUUAGACUCUUCUUUCAUUCAAGAAUAGUUAUUUAUUAAUAACUAGCAUGUAUACUUUUCCUUUCACAAAGUUAUAACUUAUUCUUACAGUUUGACACUGAUUUUCUUCAGUUCAUAGUUUGCAGUCUGACUGUGACAGACAGUCAAUGUGUUUGUGACAGAGAGAGAGAAAGAAAGAGAGCAUGCGAUAGACAGAUCUUUUAUAUUGUGUAAACAAAAAAAGUAUCAUGGAACUUAAAGGUCAAUAUAGAAUAUACAUUCAGUAUAUAUUGUGUAAAUAUAGCAUACAACACUCACAGGAUAUGCAUCGCCCGUCCGAUGCUUUUCAAAAGACUAAGAUUAUAUUUUAAUGGUUGAAUGUGCAUGGAGACAUUUUCUGGGUUUUUCAACUUUACAAAAUGUCCCACUUUUCAAAGACUGUGUGUUAGCAGAGUCAGCAUGCAAUAUGUUCUGUGAUACUGUACUUGAACCAGAGCGCUGAUAAUCUUAAAAAAAAAUACUAAAGUCACCUGUGUGGGGGAAAAAAGACAGAAUGAGCAGGUUUCUCACGAUCACGCGCAGAUUCAUCAUUUGAUGUAAUUUAACUGUACGACUGUGACGCUGACGUGCGAAUUGAUCAUCUCAAUCUGAACUGGUGAUGGAGAUGAUCGUGGUUCUCAUAAACCUUUACAGUUCAAUGAUUGCAUUCCCUUUUAGAUUGGCUGGAUUUUUGUGCUGCAAUACUUGAAUGAUAGUUCAGAAAUUCGUAAAAAGUAUUUUGAAGGAUUAUUUAGUAUGAUGAGUAUUUUGAAGGAUUAUUUAAUAUGAACCAUUUGUAGAUCAGAUUGAUAAACUAAUAAAUGUAGAUUUAUUUUAACUGUGUAAGACUAUGUGAAAAAAUAUAUUAAAAAAUAUAUUUUUUAA